UCAACAUCACCUGUACUACCAAUCAUAAUCCACUAGUCAAUAACGAUCAAUUCCUGAUUUGGUUACGAUGCUAUAAUCUGAAAAGCGAGCAUGAUUCCAACCUGUUGAAUCAAUUUCAUCAAAUUCUACCGCAAAAUGUGAUCGAAUUGACGGGCAAAGAUUCCAAUCAAUGUAUAUCACCACAACAACCAAACAAUCUAGCACUGCGUACUGAUUUUAUUGAAUGUGAUGAGAAUAUUGUCAUCCCAUUUCUCGAUCAACUUCAAACAAACACUCAAACAAAUCAACAACAUUACAAACUCGAAUCAUUGACAAUCAAACAAUCCGGUUUGACUGAAAUCAACAAUGAUUUGGCCAAACAUUUCGGUAAAUCACUUCGCAUGCUUAAUUUGAUGGGAAACCAAUUGACAACAUUCGAUACUAACUACAUGACCACCAUCAUCAACUUUACCAAUACUCAAUUGACCGAAAUCGAUUUGAGCAACAACCGACUGAGCCGGAUAAAUUUGAGUCAAUUUAGAUCAUUACGAUCAAUCAAUAUCUCGCAAAAUAAUCUGUCCACACUAUCACCGUCAGAUCUGAAUAGGGCAAUGAUUGAUUCGUUGGAAAAGAUGGACAAUGAAAAAGCAUUGCUCGAUCUAAGCAUCGGGAACAAUCCAUGGAAUUGUGAUCAACGAAUCGAUUGGCUAGUCGAUUUGAUAUCGGAGAUUGUUGAAAAGAAUGGUCGUUUAUAUUUUUUCGAAUCGAGUGAUGGCAAUUCGGUCAAGGACAAAAAUCGUGUCGAUUUGUUUCGAACCAAUGAACCGGAAUGUAAUCAACCUGACCGGGCCAAAAUGUUUCCCUUUUCCGUAUGGAAAUCGGUAAAAGAAUCGGAUAUUUGUCAAACAUGUAGCUGCUGUCUUACCAACAAACAUGCUAAAGCUGGUUAUCGAUAUUUAUCGGUUAAUUGUUCGGGUCGCAAUCUGGAGUCAUUACCGAAUCGUUUGCCUAAAAAUACCAAAGUUCUAGAUCUAUCGGGCAAUCGAAUUCGAAAUCUAAAUCCACUGAGUAAAUAUCAUCACGGUGAACUGUCGAAAUGGGCACAAUUGAGUCGAAUCAUAUUGAGCAACAAUUUGCUGGAAUCAUUGGAUGGUCUGGAAUCAAUACGUUCCAUCAUAUACCUUGAUAUAUCGGGCAAUCUGCUAACCGAAAUCCCCUAUCAUAUCGUCAACAAAGUUUUAUCAAGCAAAAAAAUGGAUAAAUUACAAAUCGGCAACAACCCUUAUGUUUGUGAUUGCAAUACGGUUAAAUUUCAGAAAUGGUUGCAUAAUUAUUAUCGCAUAAUCAUGGAUAUUGAACAAAUUCGUUGUGGCGAAUUACGGCCAGAAUUAUUGCACAAUGAAUCCUUGUUCAAUGCGGGUAGUGGCGGUUCAAUGAUCGAACAGGCUCGUCAAAGUGGAUUCCUUCACAAGGAAAUACUUGAGAUAAAUAGUCUACAUUUAUGUCCCAUUGCCGAUACAGUGAUCGAUGCUUUAGAUUUGAUCAAUAUUAUACUGGCCAUAUCCAUUCUACUGUUGAUCAUUAAAGUUACCUAUGAUUAUCUCUGGCAAAAACGUACAGGAAAAUUACCACGAUUCUUCAAACUAAACAUAUGACAAUCUUUACAUCAAUAUCAAAUCCUUUUUUGGAAAAUU